AUGGUGAACAAAAUGGCUGGUGACAAAUUGAAAAUGUAUGCUGUAGCCGAGCGCCAAAAAGAAUUUGUCAUCAGUAUGGUCAGCUUUUACAGUCUGCCAUUGAAAUAUGUGCUACUUUCACUACUCGUGCUGGUCGGUGUCUCAUUGAUCAUACUCAUUGUCUGUUUCGCGGCACAUCUGUGCAAUCUUUGGCGACGAAUGCGUCGAGGACGCCUAUCCAGACGACAUCUGCGUCGUCUACAAACGAAACGAUUCGAAAAAGGUACGUGUUAUAUUCUCCGUAAUUCGAUACCAUCGUUCCUCCUCCCUCAACGAACAACAUCUUACCGGGAAUUGAUGAUUGCUAGUGUUCAAACGGUGAAAUUAUUUGACUAG